AAUCCGACCGAACCCGUUCUGUACAGAUGGCGGCUGGACGCGCAGACCGAAGAUGAUGUCAACAAGGUCUCAAAGAUGCAUUUGAUUGAUAACUGCUCCCAUUUCACACUGAGCCAACAUCGGAGGGCGGUCCUCCUUGGCGAGUCCGGUGUCGUGGUAAGUUUUAGUAGAACAUUUAGUUACCCUUUUCACAAUAAUUUGACGAUCACAUUUGAGGAUGAAAAUGGAGCGAGUGUCGACUUCCACGCCUGGUGUGCCCGUCGCCCGCUCUGGCCGCUUGAAUAUGGCCUAAAUAAUGCAAAGGAGUGGCGCCUUUAUGCAAAGGAGUGGACGUGUAUGGGCAAAGAUAAUUAUAGCGUCGAUGAAACCGUAGUAUUCCACCAACUUCGCUUCACCGUGAGCAGCAUCGGCAGGGAAAACCACGGUUUCAUCAUCAAGGUGUAUGCGAAACAGACGUAUGCCAGG